AUGACGAUAUACCAAGUGAUACUAUUAUUUCUGCUCUGGGUGUGCCUGCCAAAUUUCUCCUCUACAGAGAUGUUAUUUAGAAGGACUUCUGAGCCCCAAUCAAAAAUUGUGAAGACGCGCACACCAGGAAGAGAUGGAAAAAUAUUGCACCGCCAAAAACGUGGUUGGAUGUGGAAUCAAUUUUUCUUACUUGAAGAAUAUACAGGAUCUGAUUAUCAAUAUGUAGGAAAGCUUCACUCAGAUCAAGAUAAGGGAGAUGGAUCACUCAAAUAUAUUUUAUCUGGAGAUGGAGCAGGCACUCUUUUUAUUAUUGAUGAGAAAACAGGUGACAUUCAUGCCACUAGGAGAAUUGAUAGGGAAGAAAAAGCAUUUUAUACCCUUCGUGCCCAGGCUAUUAACAGGAGAACUUUGAGGCCAGUCGAACCAGAGUCUGAGUUUGUCAUCAAAAUACAUGAUAUCAAUGAUAAUGAACCAACUUUUCCAGAAGAAAUCUAUACAGCUAGUGUUCCUGAAAUGUCUGUUGUAGGUACUUCUGUGGUGCAAGUCACAGCUACAGAUGCUGAUGACCCUUCGUACGGGAACAGUGCCAGAGUCAUUUACAGCAUACUCCAAGGACAACCAUAUUUUUCCGUGGAACCUGAAACAGGCAUCAUCAGGACUGCUUUGCCAAACAUGAACAGAGAAAACAGGGAGCAAUACCAAGUUGUUAUCCAGGCAAAAGACAUGGGUGGCCAGAUGGGUGGAUUAUCAGGGACUACUACAGUGAACAUCACGUUGACUGAUGUCAAUGACAAUCCGCCGCGAUUCUCCCAGAACACUAUCCAUCUUCGUGUUCCUGAAUCUUCCCCAGUUGGCACAGCCAUUGGCAGUGUAAAAGCAACAGAUGCUGACACUGGAAAAAAUGCUGAAAUAGAAUAUAGAAUUAUUGAUGGGGAUGGAACUGAUAUGUUUGACAUCAUAACUCAGAAGGACACCCAGGAAGGCAUCCUAACUGUGAGAAAGAACAAGGAUUUAAGUAACAAAAAUAUCCAGUUUUCCUUGGAUCGUCAUACUGAUCUUGACAGGAUUUUUAAUAUACACUCUGGAAAUGGGUCAAUUUAUACAUCAAAGCCACUUGACCGUGAAAUAUCUCAAUGGCACAAUCUUAGUGUUAUAGCAGCUGAAAUCAACAACCCCAAAGAAACAACUCGUGUAGCGGUUUUUGUCAGAAUUUUGGAUGUCAAUGACAAUGCUCCACAAUUUGCUGUGUUCUAUGACACUUUUGUGUGUGAAAAUGCAAGACCUGGACAACUAAUACAGACUAUAAGUGCAGUGGAUAAAGACGAUCCCUUAGGUGGACAGAAAUUUUUCUUCAGUCUAGCUGCUGUAAAUCCAAACUUCACAGUCCAGGAUAAUGAAGAUAAUACUGCUAGAAUUUUAACAAGAAAAAAUGGGUUCAGUCGGCAUGAAAUCAGUAGCUAUCUCCUGCCAGUUGUGAUCUCUGACAAUGAUUACCCAAUCCAGAGCAGUACUGGUACACUCACUAUUCGAGUAUGUGCUUGUGACAGCCAAGGAAAUAUGCAGUCCUGUAGUGCUGAGGCUUUGCUCCUUCCUGCUGGCCUAAGUACGGGUGCCCUUAUUGCCAUUCUCCUCUGCAUCAUCAUUUUGCUCGUUAUAGUUGUUCUCUUUGCAGCUCUAAAAAGACAGAGAAAGAAAGAGCCUCUGAUCUUAUCUAAAGAGGACAUCAGAGACAACAUUGUGAGUUAUAAUGAUGAAGGAGGUGGAGAGGAAGACACCCAGGCAUUUGAUAUUGGUACUCUGAGGAAUCCUGCAGUUAUAGAGGACAAGAAACUUCGGCGAGACAUUAUUCCAGAAACGUUGUUUAUCCCACGGAGGACUCCUUCAGCUCCAGAUAACACAGAUGUCCGAGAUUUCAUAAAUGAGAGGCUAAAAGAACAUGAUAUUGAUCCCACUGCUCCACCAUAUGACUCACUUGCAACCUAUGCCUAUGAAGGAAAUGAUUCUAUAGCCGAAUCUUUGAGUUCACUAGAAUCAGGUACUACUGAUGGAGACCAAAAUUAUGAUUACCUUCGAGAAUGGGGACCACGGUUUAAUAAAUUAGCUGAAAUGUAUGGUGGUGGGGAAAGUGACAAAGACUCUUAA